CAUACAUAUUUCAUGUACAAAGUAGGUAUAUAUAUCAUAUCUUUUUUAUAUCUUGUAAAUUUUCUUUACAUAUGAAUUAAAGAUGAAACCAAGUGUAAAUUAGAAAUAAUUAAGUUCACUGUGUAAUUCCUAGUAGGAGAAGCAAUCAUUUUCAAAAGUCCAGUGAAACUAAAUAUAAGCUGUUUGCACGGAAUAUUUUUAUACUCAUUUCAAUAUUUACAAUGAAAUGAGUAAAUUGUAUGAAAAUGAUCAUGGAUUUCUUAUAUCCCAUCAACAGUACAUUAAUGAAUUAUAUAAAGAGAUGCAUCCUCCAGUGGAAAUUAGUUCGAAAUUAUUUAGUAUUAGAAAUCAAUAUAAAGUGCAAAAAAACAAUAACAAGAGAACGGUUGAUUGCAUCAAAUAUGAAGCCCUUCAAAAAGAGCAAGAUAAUAUCAAAUCCAAGUUUUCCAUUUUUAUCGCUGGUGCAAAGCAGGUGUUAAAUUGCUACGAAUUUAAUAACAAAGAUGCUUUGGAGACUGCUAAAUUUGUCUAUAAUAUGACUGGAAAAGCCUUAGUUAAGAAUGCUCAUGGUGCAAAUGUUGGAUCAGCAACAAUUAAAUCUGUAAAUGGUUCUAAUUUCCUUUUCCCAGAAAACUCUAUAUUUUACUCUAAAAAUGUUUCAGACAUACAAACACAUUUGAAUAAUGAAACGUAUGAUCUAAUUUUGUUGGAUCCGCCAUGGUGGAAUAAGUACAUAAGAAGGAAAAGAAAAAAAUCAGGAGAUGCUUAUAACAUGCUGUUUAAUAAUGACAUAAAAAAUUUGCCUAUUGAACACUUGUUAAAAGAUGAUGGAAUGGUAGUGGUAUGGUGUACAAAUUCUCAACAACAUAUGGAUAGUUUAUUGACUGAAAUAUUCCCAAAAUGGGGAAUCAAGUAUAUCGGAAAGUGGUAUUGGGUGAAAAUAACAUCAACUGGAAAACCAGUUUGUUCAUUUUCACUACCUCCAGGAAAACAACCAUACGAGCAAAUUAUAUUUGGAUGCCGAGGGAAUUUGUGUACCAUCCCUUUCAAUAGUAAAUUGGUUGUUAGUGUUCCAAGUGCAAUACAUUCCCACAAACCUCCACUAAUAGAGUUGAUAAAAACGUUCCUACCAGAAAAUCCGGCAUGCUUAGAAAUAUUUGCAAGGUAUCUUCUUCCAAACUGGACCAGUUAUGGCAACGAGGUUUUACGAUUACAACAUGAAAGUUUAUUUGUUAAAGUUUAAUAGUUAUAUAUGAUAUCGCCCAAAAUUAGUGACUAAAUGAAAUAUACAAAUUAUAAAUCACAUUGUUACAAAUGAAAUACUCUUAAGUGUAUAAGUUGCUUCAAAAUUAUUGUAUAGUGUCUGUGUGUGGUACCGUUUAGCUGCAUGUGGCUAGUACAAAUGUUUAUGGAAUAAUGUCAGAUUUACCAAGACGAUAACAACUAAAAAUAUGGGCAAAAUUGUAAAGGAAUGGUUUCGUGAAGAUAAUGCACAAGUUUUGAAGUGGCCGGGUUACUUUACAGAUUUGAAUUUAUAGAUUAUGGAGUGUAGACAAGGAGUGAAGACUUUUAUGGGUCAAGCAUACAAAUUCGGAUCCCGUUUUAUGACCCAAAUUAAAACUUAAGAACUCGUCGUUGUAGCGCUGAUGCAUUUUUUCAUACUCUACUUACAUCAGCACCGCCUUUACGUGACCCAAGAAAUUGCUCACUUUUUUUAACACGGAGUCGUCACUCCUUGUUAUACACUCCAUUCUAUAGAUAAAGAAAUUAUUUCAAAAUAUUGCCAACAGGUUAUUGUUAAUAAAGGUUACUAGACAAAAUAUUUAUUUAUUUGCUUUUUUAUUUUGUAUCGUUUUGAUUUUAUUUAGCAGGACUUUCAUUGUGGAUUUAAACUCCUGUUCAAAAUUAACGCACCAUUAUAAAU